GUUAACUUAAUACCUUUUAAAAUUUCUUUUGAAAUGAUUAUAAUUUCAGAGCUUGGUUUUGUUCCCGUUAUUGACGGAGUAAAGCACGCUCCCCAGGACAGUGAGCUCAGCAAUCUAGUUGAACAACCCACCCCUGUACGCGCACCAGUUGCCCGGCCAAGAACCGAUCUUCCGGCCAGCCGAUUUAACAACUUCCGGCCGAAUGAAAUCAGAACCGACGAUACAGACGUUAAGGUAAUCAACGGUAGGCGGGCAGUUCUCCGUAAGAGAAUAAGGACUGAUGCUAUAAAUAGCAGCCAAGUCCAGGAGCAGCAGUUCCAAGAAGAGCAGCAAAAUGAAGAUAACCAGGAGCUGUCUCGCGAGGAGCAACUGAGAGCUCGCCAGGAGGGAUUAAAGGUUUGGGAGCAGCAAAGAGCUGCUUUAGUUCAGCUUCAGCAGCUGCAACAAAGGCAGCAGCCAGCUUCUAGAGCAUCUGUCAGAUCUGAAAGCAGCCGAGGAUUCAACGCCUUCCAACCUGCUGCUGCAGCAGCUGCACAAGAAACUUUCAGAAGCUUCCCUGAUCCAUAUGUUACAGGAGUGAAUCUUGACUCUGGAUCUUACACAAUCAACUACUGAAAACACUUCUUAAAAACACUGCCCAUCCUUCAAGAAGCCACUAGUCCUUAAAAGCUAUAUUAGUUUCGGCUUUGUUACCGUACUGUUGAAUAUCAUUUUAACGACAAAAUAAAUAUGAAAAUUUA